GCUGCCACUGGUCACACUGGCAGAUUACGCGAUUAUUUUUUUUACGGAAAGUCUGCGUUUUCCGUUCCGGAUUGAAUUGCCUGGUUUUGCUGUGAUAAAACAUCCAAACUAAGAUGCACAAGGUGAUCCGGCAGAUGUCCCAGCUGCGCCUGCAGGCGCCACAGGGAGCAGCGCUCCUCAGAUCGGGCGAAGCCAGCAGAUCAACCGCCAUAUCACCAGUUUCACCACCUGCCCUCCAGUCGAAAUCCCUGCACACGGCCGCUUCCGCCGGAAUGCUGUGCGCCAAGUGGAACAAGUACAACUACGGACCCCGUAAGUGGCUGGAGUACAACAAGACCGUGCAUCCGCCGCAGGAAACGGACGAGGAGCCCAGAAAGGCUUACGUCUGCCACAUGCGCAACAACAUCAAAUACAGUCCGGACAAGAUGUGGUACAUCGCUGCCUUCGUUCGCGGAAUGUCCGUCGAUGAGGCGCUGAAGCAGCUCAACUUUGUGCUCAAAAAGGGCGCCACCGAUGUGAAGGAGACCAUACUGGAGGCCCAGCAAAUGGCAGUGGAGCGGCACAAUGUGGAGUACAAGAGCAAUCUCUGGAUAGCCGAAUCCUUUGUGGGCAAGGGACGCGUCUUCAAGGGCGUGAGGAGGCAUGCUCGCGGUCGCUUCGGCAAGGUGGAGUACAAGCACUGCCACUACUUCGUGCGACUGGAGGAGGGUGAGCCGCCGCAGCACUACUACCAGGAGCCGCAGACGCCGGAGCAGCAGUACGAGAGCUGGAUGGAGCAGAUGCGCAGCCGGAAGAUCAUCAACUCACUGUAGCCACCUGAAAUGGCACUCGCUUGCUACCGAUCCGUAAACAUCCAGUCCUCCUGCGCCAUCGCGUCCUCGCAUUAAGCAUUUUUUUCGUUUUUAGAAGAUUGUUUAAUAAAAAAAAAGAAACAGACAAAAGAA